AGAAUACUCGAGCAUGCUCCUCGGCUUGCACGCCAACUCGGUUAGCGUCAGAUUCGUUUCACGGCAGUCUGAAGUUCUGGAGAUUCCGUGGCGAUUCGCGAGCGGAUCGGUAUUAUUAGUCGGCAUUGUUGACUUUGACAGCGGGUUCUGUCGUCGUCCCACGAUAAACCGCCGCGCGAAGCAUCACCUCGUAAGCGCAAACGGGACACUUGCAUUUUAUGAGCGAGCCGUCACGUUAAACUCGGAACGCUUGCUAACCGCAGUUCGUAGGACGACUCAUAAGCGAGUUCCAGUUGCUGUUCCGGAAAACCGAGUUUUCUAGAAGGUUAGCUCAGCGGUCUCGUUACCUCCAUCAGUUUUGCGAAUUGGAAAUUGCCUUGAGCUCCAGCUCCAGUGUGCUUGGCUUGGAACGUUAUUGUUAUACCCUCGACAAUCACUUGGCAGCAUGGCAAAAUGGGGUGAAGGCGACCCACGCUGGAUUGUGGAAGAGAGACCUGACGCAACAAAUGUUAAUAAUUGGCAUUGGACGGAGAAGAAUGCCUGUGUAUGGUCACAAGAAAAGUUGAAAGAAUUUUUUGUAAAUUCCAAAAUUGAGGGAGAGGGAGUGUCAUGUAAAAUAACAGAAAUGGAAAAGUGUGAAGGUGAGGCAAUAGUGAAUAAUAGAAAAGGGAAACUUAUUUUCUUUUAUGAAUGGAAUAUUGUUCUUAAGUGGAUAUUAGAUGGAGAAUCCAGUAAAGACAUUGAGGGUAAAAUUAAUAUUCCUAAUCUCUCUGAAGAAAAUGAUAUUAGUGAAAUAGAUAUUGAAAUUACAUUAAAAGAUAGUACAGAUGAAGGGGAGAAAGUUAAACAAUUCUUACAUACUAAGGGUAAAGAUGCAAUAAGAGAAAAAUUAAAGAAAUAUGUAUCUUCUCUGAAAGAAGAGUUUGCGAAAGGAAUGAUACUUCCCAAAAAAGAUAACGAUAAAGAAAAGGAAAAUAUUUCGAACAUAACAUCUGGUUUUAAUAUUAAGAUGCAAAUGAAUGCUGCAGUGACAUCAACGAACAAUAAUAAAACAGCAAACUGUAAAAUCUCAACCACUACGAUUAAGCAAAAUGUAAAAUUUCAAUGCAGAGCAGGUGAAUUUUACAACGUCCUCUCUUCGAUCGAGAUGGUACAAGCAUUUACGAAGAAUCCGGUAAAACUAGAGCCAAAGAAGAAUGGUCAAUUCGAGCUAUUCGGUGGCAAUAUUCACGGCGAAUUCAUAGAGAUCACUCCAACGAAAAUUAUCCAAAAAUGGCGUUGUAAACAGUGGCCGUCUGGACAUUUCAGCGAUGUAACGAUCGAUAUCUGUGAGAAGAACGAUCAUACUGAGGUCAAUUUAACGCAGAGCGGUGUCCCAGUGAGCGAGGAGCUCUCUACGAAGGAGAAUUGGGACAGGUAUUACUGGGAUGCUAUAAAACGAACUUUCGGCUUCGGAUACUUCAUGGCGUCGAGCAUGCCAUGCGCACUUAACAGGGAGGUAAUCGCGUUGCACACCUGGCGCAACAUGCAUCCUUCCACGCCCUUGCCGCAGCAGCAGUUCGACCGCCUCGCCAGGGAUAUCGAACUGGCCGCAUUCGAUGAGGAAUCUGUCGCAAUUAUGGCAGUUAUCGAGUACGUUAUUUCCUUCGAGUAUGUCCUCUACCUCAGUGUUCCCACGCGGAUUGAUCAAACAAUUAUUGAGUUCUUAGAAUUAGACUUAGGUAGAGAUCCUCAAUAGGAGAGAGAGAAGACGAGAAAUAGUCCGUCAGACAUGAACGUUACUCCGAUGGUGGAGAUACCCGGCAAUGACAGCUACAGCAUCAGCAACGGUCUCGAUUGCGGCGGUGAGCCCCAUCAAUACACGGUAUGGGAGCGCGUGACGAUAGUGGUGAUCGCCGUCAUCCUCAGUCUCACCACGGUCGUCGGCAACAUUAUGGUCAUGAUAUCGUUCAAGAUCGACAAGAAUCUGCAGACGAUCUCCAACUAUUUCCUCUUCAGCCUGGCGGUGGCCGACUUCGCGAUCGGCCUAAUCUCCAUGCCCCUCUUUACGGUAUACACGGUGCUCGGUUACUGGCCGCUCGGGUCCCACGUGUGCGACACGUGGCUCGCCCUCGACUAUCUCGCGAGUAACGCGUCGGUCCUUAAUCUGCUCAUUAUCAGCUUCGACAGAUAUUUCUCCGUUACGCGUCCGCUUACCUAUCGGGCCAAGAGAACCACUUUCAGAGCCGCCGUCAUGAUCGGAUCCGCUUGGGGUAUAUCGCUGCUUCUUUGGCCACCCUGGAUCUACGCGUGGCCGUACAUCGAGGGUCAAAGAACUGUGCCGACAUCCUCGUGUUACAUCCAAUUCAUCGAGACGAAUCAUUACAUCACCUUCGGCACGGCCAUCGCCGCGUUUUAUGUUCCUGUCAUGAUAAUGACGAUCCUUUACUGGCGGAUCUGGAAGGAGACGAAGAAACGUCAGAAGGACCUGCCGAAUUUGCAGGCCGGCAAGCAAGACGCGAGCAAGCGCAGCAACUCGAGCGACGAGGUUUUAGAUAUGGAGGAGAGCAGAAGACAGCGAAGCGAGUCGAGCACCGCUGACGACGUCUCGCACGCCACGCACAUCGCGGUUUCCUACAUUGAUAAGCACUAUCCACAAUACAAGAGCCACAGGCCGUUUUCCUGGACCUGGCUGAAGAUGUGGUGCAUCGCGUGGUGGCACAGCGGUCGAGACGACGAGGACGACGACGAAGAGAUCGCUGGACCGGAGAGCAGCCACACCGGGGCCGGUUACGAAGACACGCUCACGCCGCUGUCGGCCGAGACGCCGCUUCCCAGCACGGUAUCGCGAUGUCCCUCCCUCAGCGCGAUACAGGCCACGGGGAUCGCCCUGGACAAGACCGCGAUGCAGCACGAGUUAUACAAAAGGCCGGCACGAUCGGUCGACCUUAGAAAUAUUUCCAGCGAUACCAUUUAUACGAUUCUGAUCAAAUUGCCGAGUAACGGCGGGAAAUUCAGCGAGGGGACGAGCAUAAGGAUGAUACAUGACGAGUCCGUGUCGAUCCAGUUGCACCCUAUGAUAGAAGACAGCGAGGAUGACGGCGGUGUUGGCGGUAGCGGCAGUGGUGCCAGCAAGCUCUUCCGUCUCGGCGGCGGGUCCGUGUCGAGCCCAUCGACGGUGACGAUGAGAAGGCCAUCGCAGAUGCCGGACAUCAGGAUACCGUUGAACGCGAAGAACAUACCGAAGACGCUGACGACUGGUAAGGGAAUACUGAACAAGCAGCCGAACAAGAAGAAGAAGAAGCUGCAGGAGAAGAAGGCUGAUCGAAAGGCCGCGAAAACGCUGUCAGCCAUCCUGCUGGCAUUCAUUAUCACGUGGACCCCGUACAACAUCUUGGUACUCCUCAAGUCCCUCACCGCUUGCUCGUGGUACAUACCUCAGGUGCUGUGGGACUUUGUUUAUUAUCUUUGUUACAUUAACAGUACUGUGAACCCGAUGUGCUACGCGCUGGGCAACGCAGCUUUCCGCAGAACCUACGUGAGGAUUCUCAAGUGUAAGUGGCAGAGCAGGAACCGCGGUGGUACCGGUGCGGUCGAUCGGGGAUGACAUCAGUAACCCAUCGAUGCGCACUUCGAUCUUUUCGCAUCGAGGAGGGGAGCAGUCUCCUCUCCAUGCUUCCGAUAUCAGCACACUACAGAAUUGGAAGUCAACGACCACGCGCGCGCGCGCGUAUGCACACACACAUACACACACAUGCAUAUACUGAAA